UUCCGUUAUGCGCGUGAGUAGCGGAAGUGGAAGGAGAAAAAGAAAGUAGUGAGAAAAUAAAGCCCUUCUGUUAUCUGGAGCGAAGCUGGCGCUAUGGCUACAAAUGGGAACAUAGUAAUAAUAGGCUGUGGUAUUUCAGGGAUCGCUGCUGCUCACAAACUGUUAAAAAACGGUUUUCGGAACGUGAAAGUCCUGGAGGCGACUGCGAGAAGCGGGGGACGAAUUAAAACGGGCAGACUGGGUGAUGCUCUUGUUGAGAUUGGAGCAAACUGGAUCCAUGGUCCAUCUGAGGAGAACCCGGUGUUUUGUCUGGCCCGACAGUAUGAGCUUUUGGAACCGAAGGCUCUAACCCCAGAAAACCAGGCCAUAGAUGUAGGAGGACACCCCCACUGGAUUCCUAAUUUCUUCAGCAGUUCAGGUCAGAAGCUGAAUACAGAGGAUGUCUUUCCAGCUCAGGAGGUUUUUGCUGAACUCCUGGAUGAAAUUUCAGAGUUUCAGAAUCAAAAAGGAGAACCGUGUGCCAGCGUGGGAGAAUUCAUACGUUUAAAGGUGAAAGAGGGAGAAGCAGAGAAAUGGAAAUAUAUCGACCCAGCUACCAGAUCCCUGUAUCUGUGUGUGAUCAGUAACAUGUUGAAGGUGGAGUGCUGUGUUAACGGGGCCCACAGCUUGGACGAGGUGGGUCUGGGGGCCUACGGCCAGUACAAGACUCUGCCUGGACAGGACUGUACAUUCCCCGAUGGCUUUGAAGGUCUGGUUAAAAACCUGAUGUCAGAGCUCCCUGAUGGUCUAGUGACCUACAACUGUCCUGUGCGGUGUGUCCACUGGAGCGACGCAGAGAAGAACAAAACAUCAGCGGUGGUCGAGUGUGAAAACGGGGAGAGGAUCCCUGCAGAUCACAUCAUCGUAACAGUGCCUUUAGGAUAUCUAAAAAGACACCAUUCAACGCUGUUCCGCCCUCCUCUUCCUCUACACAAGCUGCACACCAUCCAGAGGCUCGGUUUUGGAACAAACAAUAAAAUAUUUGUGGAAUUUGAUGCACCGUGGUGGGAUGCCGACUGUGAGGUCAUUCAUCUGAUCUGGGAAGAUGAGGAUGCUAUGGUGGAUCAGGUCCCUGAUCUACAGAGAUCCUGGAUAAAGAAGCUGAUUGGCUUCACAGUGCUCAAACCCACUGAAAGGUAUGGCCAUCUUCUCUGUGGCUGGAUUGCGGGGCAUGAGUCAGAGUAUAUGGAAACGCUGUCGGAGCUAGAGGUCAUGCGUGAUGUCACACAAGUUAUUCGCAGAUUUACAGGGAACCCCACCAUCACCCCGCAGAGAAUCCUGCGUUCUCAGUGGUUUCAUGACCCCUGGACUUGUGGAUCCUACACCCACCUUGCAACCGGUUGCUCGGAGCAGGACCUGGAGAACAUGAUGGAACCUCUGCCUUCAAAGAAGUCAAAAGCACAGCCCCUGCAGGUGUUGUUUGCUGGAGAGGCAACUCAUCACUGCUUCUUCUCCACCGUUCAUGGAGCACUUCUCACUGGAUGGAGAGAAGCUGACAGACUCAUCUCUCACUAUUCGUCUUUCAAUCCACCAGAGCUUCCAAAGUCGAUGCUUUAAAAAUUCAAUGCUGUUGUGCCGAUGAAGAAUUAAUCAGAUUUAUAAAAAAAGAAAUAUAAGCAUUCUAUUUUAAAUGAGAAAAACUGUUAAGUGUCCCUAAUCCGAGUUUAUUUUUAUGGUUCUGUUGAUAAUAAUGCAAAAAGACUGCAGCUAAUGAAGUAUGACUUCUCUGAUUUAAACGAUUCAAUCAAGACUUUAAGUUAAAGUAGCAGAUUUGCUAUUCUUAUGAGCUAAACUGGCCAUUUUUUAUAUUUUUGUAAGAAAUAUGAGCAAACAUCUUUAUAAUUCACAACUUUUAUUUGCAGUAAGUUGCACUAGCUCACAUUGUGUUUUACUGCUUAUCAUAUUCUGGAAAGAUUUAUAAUUUACUCUUCCAGGCUGAUUAUGACUUGACUGAUGUUAACUGAGAAUAAAUUCAACAUAUUUGAUGACUGA